AUGGUAUCCAAGGAGGAAUUCGACAAGGCGGCCGAGGAGGUCAAGGCGUACGCCCAGUGCACCAACGACGAGCAGCUGGAGCUCUACGGCUGGUUCAAGCAGGCCAACGUCGGCGACGUGAACACCGCUCGCCCCGGCAUGCUCGACUUCAAAGGCAAGGCCAAGUGGGACGCCUGGGAGAAGUGCAAGGGCACCUCCAAGGAGGACGCCAUGGCCAAGUACGUCGAGGUCGUCGAGAAGAUCAAGGCGAAGUACGCCUGA